AUGGUUCGUUGUUCAAUUAAACGUUUAAUUAAAACAAUAAUUUUUCUUGUAAUUUUAAUAGUAAUAUUGAAAAAUUUACUUUCAUAUUCUCGGGAAUCUCAUGUAAAUAAAUUUGAAUUCAAACAAAAAUCGUCAGUUAUUUUUAUUCUUUCAUCAUAUCAUUCGAAAAAUAUUCAACGUUUAAUUUUAUUUUUAAAUGAACUGCGUUUAUCAUAUAUUGAAUAUAAAAACAUUGAUGAAAAAUUCUAUCAUGAUUUAAUAAAUCAUAUUCCAUCAAUGAUUAUACUUGAUCAUAUACCAAAUAGUAAUUUUUACAAUUUUAUCAAUCAAUAUCAAAUUAAUUUAUUAAUACAUUUAAAUCAUAAAUGUCAAAAUUGUAUAUCAAUAAAAUAUUCUCAAAUGUUAUUUGAAAAUAUUAGUUAUCCAACAAUUGAUUUUAAUCGAGAGAAAUUAAAACCAAUUAUUCAUACAACACAAAGUCCAUUUAAAAUUGAACAAUCAAAUCAAAUUAUUAAAUUGUUACAUUUUGAAAAAAUUUUACCCUAUUUUUCUUAUUAUCAUGAACUUAAUAAUCGAUGUAUUAGUCUUCCAAUAAACAAAAAUAAUUUAACAAAUACAAUUAUCUAUGUAGAAAAUAAAAUAACAUUGGAGAAAAUUAAUUUAAUGAUUAUAUCAAAAGAAAAACAAAUUUAUUUAUCUGAAUGUCUUUAUCAUCAUUGGUUUAUUUGGCCAUUAAUGAUGGAUAUAUUUAGAUAUUUAACUUCAAAUGUAUAUAAUUAUUAUGGAUUAAAUCGAUAUAUUCAAAUUGAUAUUGAUGAUAUUUUUUUAGGAAGUAAAUCUCAUGAUCGUUUAAAAUCAGAUGAUAUUCAAGCAUUAAUUCAUUCACAAUCAUUUAUUCAAAAUUAUAUAUCAAAUUUUCGUUAUCGACUUGGAUUUUCUGGUUAUUAUUAUAAUUCAGGGAAUGAUGAAGAAAAUCAAGGUGAUCGUUUAUUGAUUAAAUAA